CCAGCUCCAGGGCGUGUGACUGCCCCGUCGGGUCCCACGCGUGGGCACGUGGCGGGGGCGCCGCGCCUCCCGCGGGCCGGGCCGGCGGUGCCCGCCGAGGGGGCGCCUCUUCCGGGCGCGCGGCGGGAACUCGAGGCCCCAUUGGCCGCGCCGGGAGGCGCCGCGGGCCCGUCCGCGCCAACGGUCUGGGUCCGAGGAGGCCGAGCGCCGGCAGGAGGGGGCAGGGCGAAGCGAAGGAAGGCCUGGGGGGAUCGAGAACGGGAAAGCAGAGCCAGGCUCGGCGGGGCGAGGCCCAGGGCCCGGGCGGCCGGGGCGAUGGAGGAGGCGCUACUCUCCACCCCCAUCAACCCCAACAACUUCCCCGCCAAACUGUGGCGGCUGGUGAACAGCCCCCGGUACCGCUCGAUCCGCUGGGACGGCCGCGGCGAGGGGCUGCUCAUCGACCAGCCGCUCUUCGAGGCCGAACUGCUGAGCCCUCCCGGGGCGGGAGGCGGCGGCAGCGGCGGCGGGAGCUCCGGGGGCAGCGGGGGCGGCGGCGGUGGUAGCGGCGGCGUCGGGGGCACCGGGGCGGAGCCCGAGCUCUUUAAAACCACCAACUUCACCAGCUUCAUCCGCCAGCUCAACCUCUACGGCUUCCGCAAGGUGGUGCUGGGCGGCCCGGGGGCGGCGGGGCCCGGGCCGGGGGGCGGCGGGCCGGCGGGCGACGGGCCGCUCCACCACUUCCACAGCCCGCACUUCCGCCGCGACCAGCCGCAGCUGCUGGUGCACCUCAAGCGCCUCACCAGCGCCAACAAGGCCAAGCUGGCGGCCGGCCUCAAGGUGCCCUGCCGCCCGCCCAACCGCUUCCAGAGACUCCUCAUCACGUCGGCCUCCGCCUCGGCCUCCUCCUCCUCCGCCUCGGCCUCCUCCUCCUCCGUCUCGGCCUCCACCUCCACCUCCCCGCUGCAGCACCAGGAGCCGCCGCCCCCGGGGCCCCGGCCCGAUCCGCACGGACCAGUGGCUGUAGGACAGUUCCAUCGUUCAUUCCGGCGCGAUAGUCUGUCUCCUUAUUCCUACGUAUCAACUUCAUCCCACAACCACAGUGCCUUUCCUUUGAAAGGUUUAGAUCGGACCCCGAUUCCUCCUAGAACGUGGCAGAACUCCCUUGGGAUGCACCCAGGACAAGUAGAAACGCCCCCCACUUUUUCAGAUAAAGGGGUUCCAUUUCCUGUCCUGCAGAGGUUUCCAACUGAAGUUACCUACACUCUGCAGCCCAGCGCCACGUCCGUACACGUUCAGCAAGGUCCUCAAACAAUGGUCAACUCCUCCCAAAAGUAUAGUAACUACACACCCUCAGCACAGUACUCCCAAGCCUACUAUCCAACAGCUGUAUUACAGUGCUGCUCUCCUUCCACCCACAUGGACGCUCUGAGCAGCUGUGUCACUCCCACUGCCUCUACCUAUGCACACUGCAACUACUUCCAGAAUCCUCCAAUGCCAUCCUCCUACCCAGUUGAGUUUCUGCCUCCUAAUUGGCCUUGUGGUUCUACUGAUGAAAAUAAAAAGACAGAAGUAAACCUAGAGGCUGUUUUUCGGAUCUUAGAUGAAUUGCAUUCCUCCCCUAAAUUGGAGAUGGUAAAGGUGGAGCCUGUUGAGAAUCAGUGCCCAACAUCUCAGUCUAACAGAGGCCAACAUAUCCUAGCUAAUUCAAGCAAUAACAAUCCGUCUUCCACAAGUCAGGCUAGCCAGCUGGAGCCACUUACUCCUGUAGGUUCAGAUAUUACAUCUUUUGUGGUCGGAACAGAACAAGCAAUUACCUGCUCUCUACCACAGUCACCUGAGUACAUGUAUACCAUCCACACAGCUCAGCCUGUUGAAAAUACUACAAUGCAGGAAUCUGCAGCCAUCCAACAAGCUCAUGUCAAACUGAAGGAGCAGCUCAGUCAUAAUCCAUCUCCACCUUCAGUAGUGUUUGUGCAGGAAGGGCUACCGUUUAGCCCACACCAGGUGGAUGCCAGUAUAAAAUGCCAGACAAAUCCACCUGAGAAUAUCUUGCCUUCAGAACAGAUGGGAUUCCUUAUUUCAGAGAUGGGGCCUGCUAGCAAGCCUAGUAAAGACACAGAUUUAUCCACUCCAAUAAGAUACAGGGAGCGAAGAAGCAGCUCACAGCAAGGAAAGUCCCCUGAUCUUCAUCUGCUGGUGGAUGUGGCCUGCAAGCAAGAGCACUUUCCAAAGGAGGAAGAAUUAAAAGAGUGAGGCACGGAUGACACGUGACAUUGUGCACUAGCUGUAGCUGGAAGCAGACUAGCCUUGCACAUGACACACUGUUGGGAUUUUUUCAGUUCUGUUAAGGAAAAAAAUAUAUUUUUGUUUUGUUAAUUGAGAAUUUUGUUAAUUGGAAACUUGGUAUUUAUUACAGCUGUUCAGUUCAGAUUAUUUACCUUGACAAACUACUAAACAUCUAGCAGCCAUUUUUUCUGUUUGUUUUUUUGCUGCUCAGAUCCCUUUCAAAUGAAAAGUCCUGGCCUUUUGUUACAAUCAAGAAGCAUCUAAAAACUGCUGCAUCUAUGGUACUGGAGGAUAAUGUGUGUAUGUGUGCUGGUUUAUUAUCUUCUCUCAAAUUAUGGUCAGCACAACUCCAGUGGGGACUUAAGUCUAUCUGUUUUAAGUCACAGUGUGAUUCUUUUAUUAGAGACAUUUGUGUGAAACACAAAGGCAUGUAAGGUCACCAAGACCACAGGUCUAAAUGGUUCAGGAAUUCCAGGGAAGAAACUCUGGGAAAGAGCUAAUAUUCUAAGUGAUUAACUAGGAAAUGCUCUUAACUUUCUCACCCAGCAUUCUGUUUCAAGAGCAAGGCAUCCGGACUCGGACCAUCCAUCACACUUAACAGCUCCUACUUAUUUUAUAUUUAUGGGAGCAUUCUUCUAUUUUCAUAUCUUUCUUUAAUUUAAAAUGGUACAUUAUUAUAAAUUAUAAGGUUUUGUUAAUAUAUUACUUAUUUAAAUAUCUCCUAAAGAAAAGUAUUUAACUGGUUUAAUGUAUUUAUAAAUGCUGGUAGAUUUUUAACGUUUUAAAGCUUUAUAUUUUUAUUAAUAUUUCAAGAUAGAAGGAUAAAGGAUGCAUGUGUAAUAUUUUUACUUUGAGGGGGAAAUGUGCAAUGUGCACACAAAAACAUUAAGAGAUUUAACACAGUGCUUUCUUAUUUUAGAUUUUUUUACAUCCAGUAAGUAUAAAUUAUCAUUUAUAUGAGAUAUUGUGUACAAAUUUUGGGAGAAACUGAUUAGUAGUCAGUUAACAGAAGCUUUACCACUGAUAUUUUUAAUAGUUUAUGUUUGUUUUCAGCUUCUGAGAGGACUUUGGAUAGUGGAAUAUACGAUGACAUUUUUAUCUUGUCCCUUCUGUAGGAUUCUAGAUUCCAGUAGGAUUGUGGGACUGGUUUUUAAGAGAGGAAUCUUGGUUAUCCACUUUCUGUGGUUGAUCCCUCAAUUGUUCUUCCAAGGACAGCAGGAAACUUUCUGAUUUAAAGUCUUUGAAAUUGACUAGAACUUUCUUAUUGAAUUCUGCUUUAGUUUUCCUAAUAAGCACUGCAGAAACAAAAGGAAAGCCUAAGAAUAUGGAAGUAAUUAAAAAAAAAACAAAAAACGGGCUUGGUGAUAUGGUAAGAGUACUGUGUUAACAUUGUGGGUAUAACAAUUCAUUAAAUUGCAUUGUGCCUUCCCAAUGAUGUCAAACCCUAGAAGUGUUACAGAACUAGUAGGUUUUUGUUUGUGUUUUUAUUAGAGGAUGAUCUCUGUAUGGUGACUCAGUUUGAUAUGAAAGUAGUUUCUGAAGAGUAAUCUAUUUGGUCCAACUGAUUCUACAAAUUGAUAUCUAUGUAAUGGGCAUUUAUUCAACUUUAUUAGCAAGGUUUAAAAGAUGAACAGAUUAUCAAGACUCCUAUAUCUUUUGGCAGAGUAUGUGAAGAGGAGACCCAAUUUCUAAAUGAAGGAACUUUGCUUUUUCUCUGUCAUGUUGAAAAGCCAAUAUACCGUGAUGAUAUUUCUUCCCUUAAAUAUGUCUUUCUUAGCUUUGUUAUGUUGAAGGAAAUAAUAUCUUUUGAGGAACAUGUGUCAAGUAGGAACCGUGGCAUAGAUUUGGUUUCAGUGGUUUUAAGGCUUAAUAAAAUGAAAUAUUUUUAUCA